ACAAAACAACCGGAAAUGUUCUGGGGAUUUAGCGAAGCGCUUGAUCUCUUUGAGGAGUACCGUAAAUCACAGGACCAGACCGCAGAACCACCCAGCGAACUUAACAUCCUACUCUUCGGGCUGGGUGAUCCACGGCACGUGCUGAAAAGUGCAUCCAAAACGUUCAAACAUUCGACCAAGUUGAGUUUCGUCCUGCUGGAAGGAUGUCUAGAGUUGGUAGCAAGAAACCUGCUGUUGACGUGCAUCGCCUUCGAAAGUGGCCAACAUUUGUCGGUGAAGGGAAAAACCCAUCUGUUCAUGGACGUUUUUGGUAACACACUGCUGCGACCGUUUUCCAAUGGAUAUAUCAACGCAAAGGCCAAGGUGCUGACCAACGUGGUGACGGAUGCGGACUAUGCCGAAAGAGUGGCACCGAUUUUUUUGCUCGACGGGUUGCGAUAUAGGGAGCGGGACCACCUGGAGAAUGUGUUCAAUUUUUGGAUCAACCACGAGAAGCACGUGUUCAAUGUUUCGCAUUAUUGGGAUGCUAGAGUGCGAGCCAUGCUGGGCACCAGAUACGACCACAAAAUGGGCGCCUUCGAUUGGGACCUAUACAUGAGACUGCGCGAAAAUGGCGCCAGCCAAAUUUGCCCUCAGGAGUACAAGCAUUGGCGCAGUACCGGAAUAGCUUUUACCUUCCCGGAGUACGAACAAAGUGACCCGAACAAAACGUUCGCUGUGGGUUUGGCCCGCAACGGAGAUGGUUAUAUGCAUCGCGGAGUGGUUGGCGAUGUCAGUACUGGUCCAUAUGGACCGUUUGGAUUGAAAUGCGCGGAGGAGAAGCUAACACAUUCCAUGCACGGAGUCAAUGAUUUCCGCUCAACCGAUGUGAUGGAGCGGAACGUGCUCGAAAUCAUGUAUGAGAUUCAGGAACGUAAGGGCUUUGCUCUGAACGUCAAGGACAUUCAUCAGUAUGGUUCUUAUGUCCUCGAGCAAGGUCAGAAUCUUAACAAGGAUCAAAUAAGAAUCGAGAGUAUUGAAUCUUGCAAAUACGAUGAACCUCUCAUUCCGUGCGACAGUGUAAAGAUGCGAUUCCUUUCGGUGGAAGACCUUCUCAAGAUUCAAUCUCUUCCAGAGCACAGUAACAAAUACGACAUCGUGGUCAUCGCCAGUAACUAUUUCUCAUUCCUCAAGGAAGAUUUUCCGCAACUCUUUGCCCGCAAUGCUCUUAUCUGCUUCGAAACCCGACAGCUGACAACCUUCAGCAAAGAUGAUAUCUCCCAAUUUUCGGCUCAAGUCAGAGAUUACGCCAGAACCCAUUCGCUCAAGCCGUUGACCAACUUCGCUAUCAAUGUGCCCCACUCCAUCCUCCGCUACAAGAACAUUUCUCAAACGCAAUAAAAUAAUCCCAUUUUCCACUCAGCGUA